AUGACAACUGCGGCCGUUGCUGCUGUUAGUGCUGAGCCCCCAACGGAGGAGUUUCUCUAUAGUAACAUGGAGUACUUGGCCUCAUUAGAUCCUCCCGCUAUUCAACCCGUGUUGCCAUCCCUACCAGAAGGUGUAGGACUUCUCCCAGUAGAUUUCCAACUAACUACAUUCAUAGAAAGAGAAAGAGAAGAAGAAAGAGAAAGAGAAGAAGUAGGAAGCGAGAGAAGAGAAUCCACAGAAACUCAUGGGAUCUCCAUAGUACUUCAAGUAAACGCCGUGGAAGAUGUUUCCCUGCCAUUUGCACAACGACUACGAAGUAUAGUCCCAUCAGAGGAAACCCCACAGAAUGAAUCUCAACAGAUGAGUGUGGAGGAGACACUGCGAUCAUUAGAGAGUAAUGAACCCGCAUCCACACGACGUGGACGUCGACAACGUUUACUGCGUUUAACUCUCACAGAUGGAUUCUCACGUAUUAUCGCAAUGGAAGACUCUCAAGUGAGUUGUCAUUGUCUACGCGGUGGAGUGGCGUUGGGAGCUAAAUUGCGAAUAUUCGCUCCAUUGAAAAUACGACAUGGUGUGCUUAUAUUAACCUCUGAAAAGACAGUUCUCUUGGGAGGGUUUGUACCAGAGCUGCAGGCAUUCUGGACACAACAUGCAACUGCCAUUCUUGAGGAAAUGAGUGGAAGAUCUAAAAGGCGUACAUUACCUCAUUUACAAAAUAAUAUCCAUACUCUUCUUGCUGCUACUAGUAUUUCUGCUGCUGUUGCUCCUCCUCCUCCUUCUAUUAAUACUACUACUACUAAUACGAAUGGGAUAACACCCUUUGUGGAAGAUGUAGUGGGUAGUAGAGCACAGCCACAGCAACAGCCAAUACCGAUACAACAACAACAACAACAACAUUCUGAUUUCUUGCAUUCUACUAAUGUUGGGAUGUCAGCAGGUAAUAACUCGGAGCGUAGUUUAAUUCAAAACAUGCAACCCCAACCACUUUCUGCUUGGAGACAACAUCAUCCACCCACUAAUCCUUUUUUAACACUUGCUGUUAUUAGUGAUGUCCGUUCGGAAUUAACGAUUCGUGAGAAUGUACGAAAUCCUCUUGGUGGUACAACACAAUUCUUUUCUCUUCUUGUGAUGCUGAUCACUCCUCCUCGCCUCACUAAUAAUAACAGUGACAAUAAAGAAUGGUAUGUGGGUCUUGGAAGAGUAAGAAAGGAAGAAGAAAUGGAGUUAUUGGUGGAUUUAGGUCAUCGUUGGUUACGACAAGCAUUACGUAUGGAACCAGAUGCAUUUCGAAGACUUUCACUUUCACGAGAUCCCAAUGAUGUGGCUAAUCUUGAUAGAUUGGUAAAUGAUAUUGGGAUGGAACUGGAAAACCUUGGUGAGGCCCUCUUUCUACUGCGGCAGCGUGAAGUGGAUGGAGUGGUUGAAGUAAUGGAACUCCAACGUCUAUCACAAUCAUGA